AGCGCUUUAUUAUUGUUAAGACAAUACUGUAAUUGAAGUCAUAGUUGAAAUGAUAACGUGUUUAUAAUAACUAUAUUAUUAUUAUUGCAAUCAAUUGAUUGACAUUUUGUUUACAUUUGCAUUCUUACCAUUUGAUCCAAUAGUUGCCUAAAUUAUCACCAAAUUAUCACCAAAUUAUCAUUGAUUUUAUAUAUUAAUAGUCAAUAUAAAGAUUUGUGUAAUUGUAUUGAUUGUCAAUAUCUUUGAUUACGAUGAUUGUGUCCAUACUUUACGGAAAUGCUUAUAAAAUAAAGACAUAAUGAAGACGAAGAAAAUUGUAAAAUCAAAUCAACGAGUCGUCGGUGUUGUCCAAGCAGUGGACACUUUUAAAAAUGAUUUUACGGUCGAAAACACCAUUGAAGAUAUGUUUGGUGAAGACUUUAUCACCAAUGAGUCCAAUGACGAUAAUUUAAGAUUAAAAACAAGACCCACAUUAACGACAACUAUUACACCACAGCCACAACAGGAUGUCACUAAUGAAUCAGUAAAUGGAGUAAAUAACAGACAAACUGAAGAUAAAUAUGAUUCAAAAAAAGAGAAAACGAUGACUAAAUUGAAGAUUAUUCCUGAUUGCGAGUCAGCUCAUGAGUUAUUGUCAUCUAUUGAAUCAUUACCUCCAUUACCACAAUUGAAACGAAUCCAUAGUCAUCACUCAACUGAAUCUAUUAGUUUAUGUGAAACAUUAGAGAACAAAAAUCAGCUAUUGGUUAAUGAUGUCACACAAGUGAAUCCAACUGAUAAUUGUGUUAAUAAUACCGAAAGCAUUGCCAAUACUUCAAACUCUAUACUCGAAGAAGUUAACCAAAUGAUAACUGAAAAUUAUCCGCAUCUGGUCUCAGAGUUGGCCAGUACUUCAUCAGUAGUCAACUUAACCCAAAAUCUCAUUUUAAAUGGUAAUAAUGUGAACCAUUUGCAAACAUUCCAGUCAUUAAAGCAAAAUCAUGAUAAUAUCAGUUCAUUAACCAAUGAUUUAAAUAACUCAUUGAAUACAUCAACCAAUAGUGUAAAUAUUAAUUUAAAUGAUGAAUCAAAUUCACCGAAAGUAUUAAACGUCACAAAUACGAGUCAAUUGAUCUUAACUAACGACAGCAGUCCUAACAAAAAAGUGUCUUCAGUGGGGAAAAAACUUUUUGCAAGUACUCCGAGUACUUCAUAUCACAACUCAAUGCCAAAUACCUCUCAUGUGUCAAAACCCUUUGAAACGAGAGAUAUAUAUAGGCGAAGAAAAGGUAGAAUUAUGCCAAUACGUCGUCUGUUUGAAUAUUGUGCUGAAGACUAUCGUAUAUUUGGUAUGACUCGUCAAUCAGGUCGACAUAAAAAUCCGGACAAUGAAGAUGAAUACGAUGCGAUGAAAGAUGCGAAUUGGAAUGAAAUCGAUGGAUCCAAAUAUGAAUGUAUUGUUUCUAAAUGGUCUGAUGAAGACAAAAGAAAGGAUUUACUCAAACAAAUACAUUCAAUGAAAUUCGCGAAAAGUAUUUUUCCCGAAGACAUUGAUGUGUCGUAUUGUUUCAAUGCAUUCAAAGGUUGGUCCAGUCCUCAUAAAGGCUUGCAUUGUGUGAUGCAAUUGGAAAGGCGUGCCAUUAAACACCAAAGAUUUAGUGCCUGUGCUGUCACUCAAUUGUUUUUGUUAAGCGGUAGUUGUUUGUUGACAGCCGAAAAUGGCAAACAGCGAAAGUCAUUGGAAACGGGACAACAGGUAUACAUCCCGACACAUACCAGAUAUAGUCUGGAGAAUAACUCAGUCGAAGCCUCAUAUUUUUAUGUCAUUGUUUCACAAAAUGGUAUUUAUGACGAUUGAGUCGCAAAAUUUGUUUUAUUUUUUA